UCAUGGGAUUCAAGGGAAGGAUGUUCCUGGUCUGAGGGGCUUCCCAGGAGACAAAGGCCUCCUAGGCACUGCUGGUGCAGAGUCAUGUGUGACUUCCUGGUCCUGCUGGGCCUCCAGGUGUGGCUGGAGAAGAUGGAGACCAAGAGAAGAACCCCAGAGAACCCAGCCAAUCUUCUCUCCACAUGAGAGGGCUGAGGGCUCUCCUGGACCCCCUGGGCUCAUCGGUCUAUGGAACAGCCUGGAGCAGUGGGAGCAGAUUGGGAGCCCGGAGCUCAUGGACCCCAGGGAUACUUUGGAGCCAGAGUGUGCGGAGCCAAAGGCAAUAAAGGAACAAGAGGAUUCACGGACCUACAGCUCUGGUGUAUCUGUUCCCCCACAAAGACUACCUGGACCCAGUGGCACUGAUGAUCCACAAGGUCCCCUGAGAGGUGUUGGGGACCUGGGUCCUCCUGGAGAGAAGACAAAAGAGAAUAAAAUGUGGAGAAUACCAGGAUUUUGUGAGGGGGAAAUGAAGUUUUUGACCCCAAUCUCUUGGCUGCUGGAGCCAGGAGAGACAGGAUCUCCAGGAAUCCAGGGUGAGCCAGGUGUCAGGGUCUUGGUUUUCCUGGAGACCCUGGCCUCCUGUAAGAAGGUAGCUCAUGAUCAGGACAGUGUUAAGGGUGACUACGGCAAGGAUGGUGAGCCAAGACAGCCUGUGAGUGACCAAUGACCCUGCCACCUCCAUUGAGCUCCAGCCUUCAGUCCAUUACCCCUCUCUUCUGUGCCCCACUCCUGAGGGGUCCCUUGGCUGGAGGCCAACACUCACCUACCCCAAUUCCUCUCGUUCUGUGGAUCCUCUGGUUCCACUGGGGAGAAUGGACUACCUGGACCACAUGGAAAGUAGAAGACCCUGGGACCUUGGGAAGCAGUCCCUGGGAAAUGAUCAGCUAGGGAUAGUCAUGACUCAAUCAAGAGUCAUUUAGGACACAGGAAAAUACCGAAUGAGGAAACUCUCCCCAGUCCUAAACUCAUCCACAAAUUAGAAUACAUAGGUCCAGCCCAGGUGCAGUGGCUGAAGCCUGCAAUCCUCCUGCUUCCUGCUUCGGGAGACCAAGGCAAGAGGAUCUCUGGAAGUGGGGACACAGAGAAGCUCUGCUCAUGGCUGCCUCCUACCACUCCGACCACGCUGCAGUCUUGGUGGCCACCACUAACCACAGGGAGCCUGGCCAGGCACCACAAGUUGCAGCCUCCACCUCCUCCUCUAAGUCAGGCAUGGAGCAGCAGUGGAGCAGUGGCAGAAGAGGCUGGAAUGGCAGAACACACCCUCAGCGUGCAUUAUAUAUAGAGGUUACAGAAAUGAGGUCCUGGACUUGGUGUUCUGAUUGGUUGGGGGAAAACCUCUAGGCCUACUCUGAUUGGACUUUAUCUUCAGAUCCUGAUUGGUUAUCCUAAGAGUUGCUCUCAUCCAAUCUUCUUUAUAAGUGGUCAUCUUUGUAAGUUCAUGCCCAUUGGGAGUUAGUGAAGUUGUGAAUGAUUACAUUUAAAUUAUCCUGUAAUUUUAGUCUGACUUAUUAAUUCCACCUAUCUGCUUAAGCAAAUUAUUCUCUAUAAUGAUGACCUAAGCAAAUUCCUGUCCCAAGAUGGUAUCAAGGUGAUACCCCAAGUUCCUCUCCAGAAUGGUAUCUGGAUAUAUGUGGAGGGAAAUAUUUUUUCUAGGCCUGUAUUAAAUAUGGCACUAAAGCUUAGUGGCUUAAAACAAUACACUCUUAUUAUCUCACAGCUUCUGUGAAUAAGUAGUUCAGGAGAAUGUAGUUGGGUGAUUCUUGCCAAGAGUCUCAAAAGGUUGUAGUCAAUCUGUUGGUGAGAACUGUAGUUAGUUGAAGACUUGGCUGGAGUUGAAGAAUUUAUAUCAAAGGUGGCUUACUCAUGGCCAUUGGAUGGAAGCCUCAGUUUGAGAAUGGCUCUUGGCAAUAGGCCUUUUUACUUGCCACAUAGACCUCUCCAUAGGCUGACUGAAUGUCCUCCAAUGUGUCAUCUGGCUUUCUCCAGUGCAAAAGAUCCAAGAGGAGAGUAUGAAGGAACUUGUAAUGGUCUUUAUAAUUCUGUCACAGACUGUCACUUUUGCCAUAUUGUAUUGUUUGGAAGUUAGUCACUAAGUCCAGCCCACACUCAAAAGAAUGAGAAUUAACCUCCACCUUUGGAAGAGAGGCUAGUCAAAGCACUUGGGGACAUGUUUUGAAACCACAAAGGGGUAUGUCUACCAGUCUCCAAGAUGGCCCCCAGUGAUUUUCAUCAACUGUUAUUAAUACUUUUGUAUAGUCCCUUCCCACAGGAAAAAAGGGUUGAUCUGUUUAAUUAGUAUUAUUUUGUUGAAAUGAGAGAGUCUGACUUCCAAGUUUAGGUCAUAAGAAGAAUUUUGACUUCUGCCUUGUUCUCUGUUGGAUCAAUAUCCCUAGGGGAAGCUAGAUGCAAUGUCAUGAAACCAUUCAAACAGGCCCAUGGAACAAUCCAUCUAGCAAGGAACUGCUAUCUCCUAGCAAUAGCUGGCAUUAACUUACAGGCCGUAUGAGUGGGUCAUCUUAGAAUUGGAUUCUUCAGUCCAAAUCAAGUCUUCAGAUAACUGUAGCCCUGGCUGACAUCUUGAUUACAUCCUCAAGAAAGACCCUGAGCCACAAUCAGUCAGUUAAGCCACCAAGUUCUUUUUGCCAAGAACUUUUUUUUUUUACCAAGUUCUUUUUGCCACCAACUUUAUUGAGGUAUA